AUACAUUUGUUGCUUAGUUAGUAUCUGCCGUGCUGACAAUCUAUAUGGACCGUCUUGCCGUUCCCUCGUGUGCAACAUUAGUGGUGGACAUUCACGAACGGCAGAGGUUUGCCUAGCUCGUUGAUUUGUCCAGGACCUAAAAAUGCAGCUCGCCCAACAUAAAAGCUGUCGCUGGGCAGGGGGACCCCUGGGCGUCGUCGCUGGUCUAUGCAGGACCAGACAUGCUCAUGGGAACGCAAGCCGGCUACCCAGGACAGCUUCAAGGGCUCGGCUGUCAGCAAGCAAUGCCUCCGUGCAGACUGCCGCUACACCACUAACGGCAAUGCAAUGCGAGAAGCCGCCGGAGGUUGACUUUACAGACGUUAACAGACACAAUUUCGCAGCCGUCCUACCCAUCAUGCGAGCGGCGAUCCAAGACGCUACUUUCAUCGCUAUUGAUACCGAGUUUACCGGCCUAACUGCCGAAUCAGUAUACGACUUCCUUGAUGAUUUUGAGGAGCGAUACAAGCGCAUGCAAGCGUCGUCCGCAAGCUUUGUAAUUUGCCAGUUCGGUUUGACCGCCUUCAAGUGGCACCCCGGCCCCGCUGGCGGCCGCAACGGUCACUGGGAGGCGCGCACCUUCAACGCCUACGUCUUCCCUCGCCCCGAUGAGAACACUGGCCUAGACAAGCGCUUCCUGUGUCAGGCCUCCUCCCUGGCCUACCUCGCAUCGCAGGGUUUCGAUUUCAACAAGAUGAUCCUGGAGGGUAUCGGCUACAGCCCGCUGGGCCCCCGCCUGGCUGCACUCCAGGCCGAGGCGGCCAAGCAGAACCGCGGCAUGCGGCUGCGGCAGCCCUGGGAGGAGGAGCUGGUGAGCGGGGCGCGGCAGGCGGUCAGGAGCUGGCUGCUGGGGGCGGAGGCGGGUGCGGGGACGGAGGAGCAGCCGGCGGAGCUGCGGCUGCCGCUGCCGCCCAGCCCGCGCGGGCGGCAGCUGCUGCGGCAGCUGCUACAGCUGGAGUUCCAGCCGCCCUCGCUGGGCUACCCGCCCUUCAGCGUGGAGGAGGUGGCCACCAGUACGGCAGAAGGGGAAGGCAGUGGGAGUGCGGGUGGAAGCAGCAAGGCUAGCGGCAGCAGCAGCGGUGGUAUUGGAGAGGAGGGGGAUGCGGGUGGAGAGGCGGAAUCGGAGGAUGCGGAGGAGGAGCACGCGGGCAGUGGAGGGAGGAAGGCGGCGGCGCUGCCGGAGGGUUUCUUGCGGCUGCAGCGUGAGGGGCAGUGGCGGGUGGGGGAGCUGGCGGGGGCGGGGCUGGAGCUGAGUGCCUCGCAGCGCAUGGAGGCGGCGAGGGAGCAGAGCGGCUUCUCGCAGGUGCUGGAGGCCCUACGUGAGGCGGGCCGCCCGGUGGUGGGCCACAACCCCGCCUACGACCUAGCCUACAUGCUCGCGCAGUUCUCAGAGCCGCUCCCCCCCACCUGGACGGACUACAAGGCGCUGCUGCAGCGCACCUUCCCAGGCGGCCUGUACGACACAAAGCAUGUGGCUCAGCAGCUGGCGGCGCAGUACGGCCUGCCGUUGGCUGACACCUCCCUUGGGGCGUUGUACCGCGCACUUAUGGACGAGCAGUGGCUGCGUGCCAAUGUGCCGGGUAUGGGCCUCAUGGGCGCGGGCGCGGGUGCGACAGGAGGCGGGAGCAGCAGCAGCAGCAGGUCGGGAGCAGGAGG